UCAUGCAACGCUAGCUGCUUCGUCUCAGCAACACCACCUGCAACCAUCUUCUGGUAUCCGUACACCUUCACAGAAACCAUCAUUGCAGCGACCCUUGUCGUAAUUGUCAACACAGUUUACAACACCACCAAGACCUCCCUCCGCCUCAAUGAGAUACCUAGCGGAUACGUCCUGCCGGACGUCAAUGCUGGAGGCACACACGUCACCACAGUGACAUAUACAAGGUCAGGGAAGGUGAUAACGACGGACCUAGCUUUCCCGACAAGAUUCCUCAGAUGGCCCGACGGAUAUCAAUGGUCUGGGACGCUCGAAACUUCAGGAAAAUGCGAAACGGCUGUCCCUGAAUCCAAAUCUGUGGCUCUCCCUUCAUUCCCUCAGCUGCCUCUCGUUAUGCCUACUCAUCCAUUAGGAUAUGAUCCUGAGGGCGUGCUCUUCAAGCCGACACUCGAACCUGGAUUUAUAACCGAGUACAAGGAAUCGUUCCUAGGAGAGAGCGCAUGGCAGAGUUGUGUUCUGCCCCCGGAAGUCGCGCCUUUUGUGGCACCCUUUACAGCGCGUUUUAUGACAGCGACAACGACGGAAUAUGAA